AUUUGCAUCUUUUUCCUAUUUCAGCUUCCUGAUAUGCCAGAUAGUAAAAUGAGACUGAUUGCAUCUUUAAAGAGGGCUGACAAGAUACCAAUAUCCAUGUAUUCUGCAUAUGAAAAAGGUUGUAAAAGGGAAGCAAGUCAACUUUUGGAAGGGGUGUUUAUUCAUUCUGAUACUGAUGAUGAAAUGGAAUUGUCUCCCUUUGAACUAUUGGAAAACACACUGCAGUUGUUGAAAAGUAGAAUUAAAAGCAGAGAAAAUGCAGAUUCUUUUAAACACACAG